CCUCCUCUUCCAGGACCACAUCGACAGUCCCGGGGGGAAGAGAGGAGGCACGGGGAGAGGGCAGGAGAGAGAGGAGGCACAGGGAGAGGGCAGGAUCCACCAGCUCUCCCUCAGCAUCUUCCACCAGCAAAGCCCAGGAGAGGAGCUGCGGCUCAGGACACCUUGGGGAGGAUCCCUUAGCACAACAUAUGUUACAUCAACACCCACGGCUGCUUUCCCCUUCCAGGAAAGAGGAGAAGGAGGAAGAGGAGAGAGCUGCAGAGGGCUCCAGGGAUUUUCCAUGUAACCAAAGCCGGACGAUGCCCCCCGGAGCUGCUGCCGUGUGCGGCAGGUGAGCAUCACCUGCGGGGCAGCCCCGCUCCCGCCAGCUGCCCCUGCUCCGCCGAUCCCCCUGCUCUGAUGCCGCUCUGGAUGUCCCGGUGAGAACUCUUAGAGAUGCCUAUUCUCUCCAGAGGCAGUGACCAAGACUAUAGCAACAUUAGCUACAACUCCUGCAAUUCCUUGAGCCACUUCCUUCCCAUCUGCGUGGAAACCCCUUCUGUCAAGGGGGUCCAUUACCAGAGAGCCAGGAGGAUUUACCAUCCUGACCAAGUGUCUGCAGUCGAUCUGAAGACAGAGAUCAUGAUCAACGUUGGGGGCAUCAAGUACCUGCUGCCUUGGAGUACUUUGGACGAGUUUCCCCUGACCAGACUGAGCAAACUGAAGCUCUGCAGCAGCUAUGAAGAAAUCAUCCAGCUGUGUGACGAUUACGAUGAGGACACCCACGAGUUCUUCUUUGACAGGAACCCCAACGCUUUCGGGAUGAUUGUCAGCUUCCUAGCGGCAGGGAAGCUGAUGCUCUUGAGAGACAUGUGUGCCUUGUCUUUCCAGGAGGAGCUGAGGUACUGGGGCAUUGAGGAAUCCAACCUGGAGAACUGCUGCUUUCGGAAGCUCUUCCAGAAGCUGCAGGAGCUGGCCGAGAUCCGCAAGGAAGAGGAGCGCCUUAGGAGCAAGGAAGCUUCGUGUGUGUUGGAUGAGAAAACCAGAUUUGGGCAGUUCAUGAACAGACUCAGAGAUAUGGUGGAAAAUCCCCAGUCAGGACUGCCAGGCAAAGUCUUUGCUUGUCUCUCCAUCCUCUUUGUGGCCACCACAGCUGUCAGCCUUUGUGUGAGCACAAUGCCAGACUUAAGAGCUGAAGAAGACAGGGGUGAGUGUUCCCAGAAGUGCUAUUACAUCUUCGUCAUCGAGACCAUCUGCGUGGCUUGGUUCUCCCUGGAGUUCUGCCUCCGCUUCAUCCAGGCCAGGAGCAAGUGUCAGUUCUUCAAAGGACCCCUGAACAUCAUUGACUUCUUGGCCAUUUCCCCUUACUACGCCUCCCUCAUCUUCUCCGAGGACGACUCCAGCGAGGAGGAGGACAGGCCGAGCAGCAACACGUACCUGGAGAAGGUGGGCUUGGUGCUACGGGUUUUACGUGCCUUGAGGAUCCUGUACGUCAUGCGCCUUGCCCGCCACUCCCUGGGCCUGCAGACCCUGGGCCUCACCGUGCGCAAGUGCACGCGGGAAUUCGGGCUGCUGCUGCUCUUCCUGUGCGUGGCCGUCACCCUCUUCUCCCCCCUGGUGUACCUGGCUGAGAACGAGUCGGGCAGGGUGCUGGAAUUCACCAGCAUCCCCGCCUCCUACUGGUGGGCCAUCAUCUCCAUGACCACCGUGGGCUACGGGGACAUGGUGCCACGCAGCGUGCCGGGCCAGAUGGUGGCUCUGAGCAGCAUCCUCAGCGGGAUCCUCAUCAUGUCCUUCCCCGCAACCUCGAUAUUCCACACCUUCUCCCACUCCUACUCCGAGCUGCGCAAGGAGCACGAGCGGCUGCAGUCGCGGCUGAGCCGAGCCAAGAGCGCCAACCGCUCCGGGGAAAGCGACACCUUCAACGAGACGGACAGCCUGAUCCUGGAGGGGCAGGCCUCCCCCAUCAAAUACAUCUACACGGGGAACUGAGCCUGGAGACCCCCAUCAAACACAACUACACGGGGAACUGAGCCUGGAGACCCCCAUCAAACACAUCUACACAGGGACCUGGGCCUGGAGAUCCCAUCAAACACAUCUACACAGGGAACUGAGCCUGGAGACCCCCAUCAAACACAUCUACACAGGGAUCUGGGCCUGGAGACCACAUCAAACACAUCUACACAGGGAUCUGGGCCUGGAGAUCCCAUCAAACACAUCUACACAGGGAACUGAGCCUGGAGACCCCCAUCAAACACAUCUACACGGGGACCUGGGCCUGGAGAUCCUAUCAAACACAUCAACACAGGGAACUGAGCCUGGAGACCCCCAUCAAACAUAUCUGUAUAGGGACCUGGGCCUGGAACCACAUCAAACACAUCUACACAGGGAACUCAGCCUGGAGACCCCCAUCAAACACAUCUACACAGGGACCUGGGCCGGGCCUCCCCCAUUAAACACAUCUACACAGGGAACUGAGCCUGGAGACCCCCAUCAAACACAUCUACACAGGGACCUGGGCCAGGCCUCCCCCAUCAAACACAUCUACACAGGGAACUGGGCCUGGAGACCCCCAUCAAACACAUCAACACAGGGAACUGGGCCUGGAGAUCCCCAUCAAACACAUCUACACAGGGACCUGGGCCAGGCCUCCCCCAUCAAACACAUCUACACAGGGAUCUGAGCCUGGCCUGGGCCAUUCCCAAAGCCACAGACAGAAACGUGCACGUGUGCAUCAGCAGAACACACAAAGCAAAGCAACAGCACAGGUUACAGUGCUAUCCUCUCUCCUGGCAUAGGUAUAAGCAGCAGCCAACCCAACGGUGCCAGCUCCAAAAAAUCCUUGUGGAGCUGGAGGUUGGGAGAAUGUAAAAAAUUCGGAGUUUAUUCAGUGAUAAAUGCUCAUUCUUCUCUAUGACUACUAAGAAUAAACUUUGUCUCCACCACUCAUGCAUCUUGCUGAAUACCUAACACUGAAUGAGUAACAAACAAACCAGCUUCUGUUGGCACAAACGCACUUGUUAUUUUACUUGCCUUUGAGUUUCCAGUGUUCUUGCAAUUAAUAUCCUGAGCCAGGUGUUAGGACACAUUCUUUCAGGGCUACACACCAGUGUGGUUAUCCACAGCUCAUCCACCAGACAUCCAGACACAAAUCCAAAUUCUGUAUUUAAAGCCAGUAACAAGCUUAAAAUAAAACCGCUGUAUGUGACAGCUUUCAAAGUUUGCCUGUAGCCAGAUGAUCAAUCUGUACCUAACAAAUUGCACUGCUUUGUAUAAAACACUGUUUGCAAGAGCAUUUGCUUGAGAUGCAGUUGUGGUCUGCAGACUGUAAACGUAUCAUACUAGACAGCAAAAGUCUUCAAACUUCUUUUUCAUAUAAUUAUUUAAAAUAAAAAUGAGGAAUAAAAAAAAAAAAAAAGCCCAAGCUUACUGAGCAUAUAAAAAAAAAACCUUGG